CAAGCCAUGAUCGUGCCAAGUUCAUAGGCGGAGUGAGAGAGGUAGAGGAGAUAGCGAUGGCUUUUGGAAGGCGAGGAGAGGUUUUGCUAGCCUUUGCGGUGGCCUUGUGCCUGAGUGCUACAAAGUUAGAAGCUUAUGAGCUCCAUAUGGGCUACUAUGGCAAGACUUGCCCUCAAGCUGAGUUCAUUGUCCUGGAUGAGGUUAAGAAGGCCGUGGCGGGCGACGCUGGCUUGGCUGCCGAUCUUGUGAGGAUGCACUUUCAUGAUUGCUUCGUGAGGGGUUGUGAUGGUUCAAUUCUCAUUGAUUCAACGCCAAAUAAUAUGGCGGAGAAGGACGCUCCGCCAAACAAUCCGAGCCUGGAAGGGUUUGAGAUCAUCGACAAUGCCAAGAAACGAUUGGAGGCAGAGUGCAAGGGAAUGGUUUCAUGUGCUGAUAUCGUCGCAUUUGCCGCCAGAGAUGCUGUCGUGCUGACUGGAGGACUAUUCUACGAAGUCCCUGCAGGCCGAAGAGAUGGAAGGGUUUCGAUAGCAAAUGAGGCGUUGACAAAUCUCCCUCCUCCGUCAUUUGACCUCAAUCAACUCACUCAAAGCUUUGCUCAAAAAGGGUUGAGCCAGGAUGAGAUGAUAAUCCUCUCAGGCGCACAUACGAUUGGCCAGUCCCACUGCAGCUCCUUCAGCAGCAGACUCUACAAUUUCAACUCAGCCUUCAGCCAGGACCCGAGCUUGGACCCAGCGUAUGCAGCCCAACUGAAGCAAGAGUGCCCGAAUACGAGCAGUGGUGCAAACCAGGAGGUGCCAAUGGAUCCAAAGAGCCCAAGCACGUUUGACACCAGCUAUUAUAGCAAUCUCUUAGUGAACCGUGGCCUGUUCACUUCCGACCAGACCUUGAUGUCAACCCCGGCGACGGCAGCUAAGGUGUGGCAGAAUGCAGCCGACUGGUUGGGCUUCCAGAAGAAGUUCGGACAAGCAAUGAGGAAGAUGGGCAAGAUUGGAGUCCUCACUGGAAGCGAGGGAGAGAUAAGAUGCAACUGUAGGGUGGUGAACGGAUUCAAUUGACCGAAUAUAUCCACUAAUCCACGGUGCCUGAUGUUCUUCAGUAUCUUGGCUAUUUAAUAGUAGCUGCUAGUGUUUUGAAGUUAAGUGUGUUUUGGGCUGGCUUUCAGCAUUUAUUUUAAGUCUUUUGAGUGUCGCUAGAACUACUAAUGAUGAUGCGAUAAUAAUGUUGGAAGACAUGUUUUCUUUUUAAUCCAAAGUCUGUGACAUUGUUGUUUUUAUAUUGCA